AUGGAAUCACCACAGUCACAAGCUCACAAACGUAACUAUGCCAAUCUUGAGGAUGAGCCUGAAGGGAACCGAAUCAACGAUUUACUCUGGCGCUUCAAAAACCUACAUGCUGCUCUCACCGACCCCGAAAUUGAUGACUCCUUCACAUCAUUCUUAGAGGAUGCGAAAGUCUGAUCGACUUUGAAGAGCAUCUGGUCAUUCAGUAUCUUGACCUUCUCGAGGAGUUCUUCAAAGCUUUGCAAAAAUGACUUCUCUCCAGCAGGCGUGAUCGUAGAUGGCCUUCGUUUAACGAGAAUGUGAAAAACUGACCAAACAACUCUCUAUACCCAAUGAGACCCAAAAGGACGACGCCCUCAAAAUCAUCAUCUUG